CAUUGGAUUGGCAUGGCUGUGUGGAGCUCAGCACUGCAAUCUACACUCACGAGGCUCCUGCCUGGAUAUUUGGAUUCUUUCUCAUGCAGCUUUGAUGCAAGGCUGGACGGCGUAACACAGCAUGUUGCACGGCACUGGGAGAUAGAGAAGAAAUAAUAAGGGGAGACAACCUUACACACACUUGAGCGAUGCUCCGCGAGCUUCUCUCUUUCUCUCAUCAGACCAUCGGGCUUUUCUAUACAGAGACCUGGGUCUAAUGGAGGGAUGCAACGAUGCUACUCUUUGCUUGUCAUGCUUGAAUCAGAGCUUCAUAUUAUAUCCUUUUGUGUCAGAGACCUUAUUGUCUUUGUCUGUCACUGCCGCCAGAUCAACUGUGGGGUAGUGUGGCGGGCAGAGCCUCCUCCUCAACCCCCCUCUCCCUUGUCUGUGCCCCCGACGUCUCUUCACUCCCUGCUUGCUCGUGUCUAUUUACCACUCUCAUGCUGCCCUCCCCUCUUUGUUAAGAGCAGUCGUUCUUGCUCUCGAGCGACCAACUGCUUACUAUCCUCCUGUCUUUCCUCAUUCAAAGCAGGCAGGCUGCUAUUUUAUUCAGGCAGCUCGCUACAUGAUCCCUUAGAAAACAGUUUUCAACGCUGCUCUGCCAUCUCACAAUUCCCGAGCCCUUCCAGAAAUCCAUCUCCAUAACAAGAGGAUGUUCCUCCAGGAGGAUUGAUCCCCUUCACCCCCUUCAGUCACCCCUUCCCCUCCCUUGUCCUGAUCUCCUGCCCUCUGACCCUCAUUCUCUUGUUCUAAACCCCCAAUCACCCUCUCCUGUUUGUCCUCACCCCAAGCCUCUUUCUCCCCUAACUCAUUUCACCCCCUUGACCAUGUUGCCAUGUGUCUGCUGGCUUCAGCUUAUCCUCAUCUUGCUGUCCUCUGUCUUAUGGACCCGGGGGGAAAACUGCCCAGCAACCUGCUUGUGCCCAGAUCCUCACACUGUGGACUGCAGUGGUCGUGGGCUAACUAGUUUACCCGAUGAGAUCCCCUUGGAUGUGCGCAGACUUUUGCUAGCUGACAACUGGAUAAACCGCAUCCCUUCAGACUUCCUGGUUCUAUACAGUGACUUGGUCUAUUUGGACCUCCGGAACAACUCCCUUUCCCACAUAGAACCAGGGACCCUCAGCACCUCUUCCAGGCUGGUCUUCCUGGACCUUGGCAGCAACAAUUUGACUGAAAUCCCUAAGGGGACUUUUGGGGAGUCUCGGAGUUUGAUCAAACUACGACUGGGAAACAACCCAUAUCUGAGCAAGGUGAGUGAAGAUGCUUUCCUGGGCCUCACCUCUCUGAGAGAACUUGAACUGGAGCGUAAUGCACUGUCUACCCUAAAGGUGGGGGCACUGAGUCACUUGCCCUCCCUGCGGGUAGUGAGGCUAGAGGGCAACCCCUGGGUGUGCAAUUGCAACUUUGCCAGCCUGUUUGCAUGGCUAACGGAGAACAGUAAUAAGCUUCCAAAUGGGGUCAAAGGCUUGGAGUGCUCCCUCCCCAUGGAUGGCAGACGUGUAUCUCUUACCCAGCUCUCCAAGGACAGCUUCCGUGAGUGCCAGGCCACCCUGACUUUAACAGACCUGCUCAUCAUCAUUUUCUCUGGCAUCUCAGUGUCUGUGGUGGCCAUUAUGACCAGCUUCUUCCUGGCUUCAACUGUUCAUUGCUUCCAGCGUUGGAGUAAAGGCACUAAGGGGGACGAGGAGGAGAGUGAGGAGUGAGGAGGACUUACUUUUAAAGAACUGCGUGGUCCUUCUGCUUCCAACAGUGAGAGAAUAUAGAAGACAAUGUGUGCCCCAUGCUGUUUCCUUUCUGGUGAAUAUCCAGGACUGUUUAAUGAUAGGAUCUUGCUCUGUUAAGGUUGCAGCUGUUUUCUUUGCACAUGGACUUCUGAAAUAUGGCAAUAAAAGACAUUGGGAAGGAAUGAGUCCUAUGAAAGGUUAGAGUGUGUGCUGCUCCACUCGCAAAAUGCUAUUAUAGAGAUCAUAUUUUUGGCUGUUAGCGCCUGUGGUCAUUUAUGGCCACUGGCUCUUGGCUCAGUGUUAUAAGUCUACACAAAUAUGCCAAGUCCUUUAUAACAAAAAAAGAAAUGGAUCACAAAAAAAAAAGAGGUGUUGCUGCAGUGUUGUCACAUUAGUCUUAGCGAUACCAAAAACCUGUCAAAAUUUAGUCAUGUAGGACAUUCAGCCGUGGGAUCUGAAAUCCUGUAAUAUGUCGGUGUGACCCUCUGAAUGACUUUCAUUGGGGAUUUAUCUGUGUAGCUCAGAAUGCUUGAUCUUGAUUUCAUAAAAACAGAUGUCAUGUUGACCAAUAAUGUCGAUAAUUAACUGCCUAUAACAUGAUAUGCUGGCAUAUCCUGCCGUUUUCUUGAUUCUCUGUUGGACAGCCACACUCAGUAACAUUAAGAAGUUGUUCACAAGCACUGAAGAAGGCAAAUACUGUUGUUCCCUCUGCAUGCAGAAUUAGACUGUGGCAUGGAUGUCAGCUCAACAAGCAGGAUUUGGGUAAUUAUGUACUGCAGGCAGAAAAAGCUUCCAGUGGGUCUACACAUUCUAGCAGCAGCAUUUAUUAUAUAAUCACAAAUUUAUGUACAAAAAAAAAAAAAAA